UUUGAUUCUAGUGAUGGAAAAGUGUUUGAUCGCUCUGGUCAUAAGAUUAAGUUCUACCCAGAUGUUCCAAAAAUCUUAGAAAGACUAACCAAUGAAGGGAUUCCCAUGGGAGUUGCAUCACGAACUGCAUGCCCACCAUAUGCCCGACAGCUGCUAAAAAUGUUAGACUGGGAGAAAUAUUUUUCAUACCAAGAGAUAUACCCAGGAUCCAAAUUAACACACUUUGAAAGGUUUCAAGAAAAAAGUGGGAUUCCAUAUUCACAGAUGCUUUUCUUUGACGAUGAGCACAGAAAUAUAUAUGAAAUAAGUAAAUUGGGAGUGACCAGCAUCUUUGUAUCCAAAGGCUUGACCAAGAAAGCCUUAGAAGAAGGCUUUCAACAGUUUGAAAGAGAACAUUCUUAAUAUACAUAUUUUUUAAAGGUUCUGACCUCACAUGUGGGUUUUUUGUUUUAACUUUCAGCAUAAACAAGAUGUUAUUAUUGUCUCUCAGGUUUUGACAAUUCAUUCUUUUUGAUUAGUACAUAUUUUACAUUUUCUUGUGGAGUUAUUCUUAGCGAUUAAAGAAGGCACUGUAUGUUUAACAAAAAGGUUAUAUAUAUAAUUUAUUUAAUUAAAUUUUAUAAUUAUUAUUUAUGGAUUUCUUUCAACAUCUAAAUAAAAUUCCAUUCCAGUUUUGAUGGAAUAAUUCCAAGUUUUAACAUCACAUUAUGACCAUACCUCUAAAUUCCUUUUCAUUUAUUAUUAUUAUAUAUGUUGCAGGUUUGGUAUAACAUGAUCCAGUAAACUUAUUGUGGGGAUGAAAUAAAAUAUUGGUCAAUUUUAUU